GCUCUUAUCGAUUUUCUUUCAGUUUCUUGUGAUAAUCUUUCUUCUUUUGUGUCACCUAGAUCGAAAGGCAGGUUCUUGAUCUCUCUUUCAAAUUUGUUAUGAGUCCAAGAUUCUCAUGUUAUUACAGGGUUUUUGAAAAGAUAGGGUUUCGAUUUCGGAACCUAAUUCUUGGUUCUUUUCUUUAAUCGAGAGCUUUUAUUUUUCUCGUUUAUUUUAUCGCUUUCUUCUUUGGGGUGUGCCAGAAUGGUGAGGUCAGAGGGUUUGACUGCUACUCCGCCGCCGGCGAAGCAGUUGGGAGUAACGAAGCCGAUAUCGACUGCGGGUCCGACGGAGGCUGAUUUGCUGAGAAGCCGCGAUUUAGAGAAGUUUUUAGUUGAUGUUGGACUUUAUGAGAGCAAAGAAGAAUCUACUAAGAGAAAAGAGGUUUUGGGUCGAAUUGGGCAGAUUGUAAAAGACUGGGUGAAGCAGCUUACUCGACUGAGGGGGUACACAGAGCAGAUGGUGGAGGAUGCAAAUGCUAUCAUUUUUACAUUUGGUUCUUAUCGACUUGGGGUUCAUGGUCCUGGGGCUGACAUAGAUACUUUAUGCAUUGGACCAUCAUAUGUGAAUCGGGAGGAAGACUUUUUCUUUGUAUUGCAUAACAUCCUGGCAGAAAUGGAAGAAGUUACAGAACUACAACCAGUUCCCGAUGCUCACGUCCCUGUUAUGAAAUUUAAGUUUGAUGGAAUAUCCGUUGAUCUUCUUUAUGCAAGUAUCUCCCAUUUGGUGGUACCUGAAGACUUGGACAUAUCUGAUGUGACUUUGCUGUACAAUGUUGAUGAGCCAACUGUUCGAAGUCUUAACGGUUGCAGGGUUGCAGAUCAGAUUCUUAAGCUUGUUCCAAAUGUUGAGCAUUUUCGCAUGACACUUAGAUGUUUAAAGUUUUGGGCAAGACGGCGUGGUGUUUAUUCCAAUGUGACUGGAUUUCUUGGUGGUGUAAAUUGGGCCCUUCUUGUAGCUCGGGUUUGCCAGCUUUAUCCCAAUGCGGUUCCCAGUAUGCUCGUGUCAAGAUUUUUUAGGGUUUAUACACAAUGGCGUUGGCCUAAUCCUGUUAUGCUAUGUGCAAUUGAAGAGGAUGAACUUGGAUUUUCUGUCUGGGAUCCUCGUAAAAAUCCUCGUGAUAGGAAUCAUGUUAUGCCUAUCAUAACCCCAGCCUACCCAUGUAUGAAUUCUAGCUACAAUGUGUCAACGAGUACCCUUCGUGUUAUGAUGGAGCAAUUCCAAUAUGCAAACCGGAUAUGCGAGGAGAUAGAGCUGAAUAAGGUCCAGUGGAGUUCUCUGUUUGAACCGUACUUGUUCUUCGAAAGCUACAAAAAUUAUCUGCAGGUUGACAUAGUUGCCGCUGAUGGUGAUGAUUUACGUGCUUGGAAGGGCUGGGUUGAAUCGAGGUUGAGGCAGCUUACUUUGAUGAUUGAGCGUGACACAUAUGGGAAGUUGCAGUGCCAUCCUUAUCCUCAUGAAUAUGAAGAUUCAUCCAAACCAUGUGCACACUGUGCUUUCUUUAUGGGCUUGCAGAGAAAACAAGGGGAAGUGAUUCAGGAAGGCCAGCAGUUUGAUAUACGAGGGACAGUUGAUGAAUUUAGGCAUUCAAUAAAUAUGUACAUGUUUUGGAAGCCAGGGAUGGAAAUCUAUGUUUCUCAUGUUCGUAGAAAGCAGAUUCCUGCAUAUGUGUUCCCUGAUGGUUACAAACGAACUCGUCACUCGAGGCCAUCAACACUUCAGCAGUCUGAUAAACCAUCUCCUGGAGGUAGUGAUGCAUGUGGAGCAGGGUCUGGUGGAGGAUAUCUUAAGAGGAAAAAGGAUCUUGAUGAGGUAGAUAUUAAGCAGGAUAUGUCAGUGAAACGGCAAUCUAUCAGUCCUCAAAAGCAAGAUAUGUUUUCUCCUGAUGUCAUUAGUGAUAAGUUUAGUGGUUCUCCUCGGGCAUGCCUGGCAUCGGAACUACCGGGAAAGAAUGAAGUUGCUGAAGUGAAGGAAACAUGUCAGGUCAAUGUUGACCAAUUAGGUCUGUCAUCAAGUAGCUGUGAUGCUGGGCCUGGAUCCAGUGGGCAGGAGUUGAGAUGGACAGAGAUUGAUGAGAGUUCCCAGAUCAAACAAGGUAAAACAGAAGCUCGAUGUGCCUCAAGUUCCAGUGUUAUCACAUCCAUUACAAGUGAGGUUGGUUCAUGUGAGGAUAUUGGAAAUGAAUCAGGAGGUAGCAGUGAGGGGAAUAAUGGAAGUAGCAUUGAAGUGAAUAAUAACCAGGAAUCUUCUCCUGGUGACUUGUGUGAUGCAGACUCUGAACCCUUUCUGAAGAAAAAUGGGCAUAUGCACAGCGGUGGAAUAUUGCAGGAGUCAGAGAUGAAUGGUGCUCUUGGCAUGCGACUUGAAUCUGUUGAUGGAAUUGAUUGGCAGGUGUGCAGAAACCAGGGCUAAGGUUGGGCUGACCUGACAGAUGAGUGAUUGGAAAUUGGAUCAGUAGAAAUCCAACGUGGAAAAGCAUGUUGGCUCAGAAGUGAGAGACAGAAAGCCAGCAGUUCUGGUAAGUAUUGUUUCAAUUGCUGGCUUUCAUUUCUUACAUUUUUUCAGGCAUGUUAUGUGCUGCUGCAAAUGGAAAGCAAAAGGUGGAACUUGGAAGCUUUUGUAGUCUGACAAGCUUUGUACAGCUUUUUUAUAUUUGAAGUUUGCAUCUGAGAUACAGGG